AUGUACGCUACAUCCAGUCGUGGUGGUACGCGUGGUGGCCAAGCAGACUUUUCUUGGGAUGUGGUUAGAGAAGACAAGCACCGCGAGAAUUAUUUAGGCAAUUCGGUGGCGGCGCCUCGUGGACGAUGGGCCCAGGGCCGCGACAUCUUAUGGUACAGCAAAAACUCAAAGGAUCAUGCGAGCACUAAUGACAAGGAAGCAAGAAGUAAGGAACUUUCAGAACUAAAAGCUGCGGAGCGCGAAGCUAUGGAGCAAAUGUUGGGUCACAAGCCACAGAAUCAUGAAACUGCGCAGACGGGUGCAAAUGCUGAGCCUUUAGACGCCAGCAAGCGACGAUACCCCCGCUCCACGCCAACAGCAAAAGACGAACGACGCCACCGCCAUCAUCGUCACCACCGUCACCAUCGCCAUGAUUCGCAGCAGAGGCGAACCUCUGCACGCGAUUAUUCACCACUGCGACGUGAAUCACGUUAUGAUGACAAUGACAGGCACAAGCAUGGCCAGCAUCGCGACGAGGCGCCUCAAUAG